UGACUUCGCACGGACCUGCGAAGUGCUCACACGAAAAACACCACCUUACCCGACUGUCCUACACGGACAGUCGAGUAGAAAACUCCGCUGUGACGUCAUUCCAACCACGGAGAAGUAAAACCUGACACUGAAUGACCACUUCCCCAAGGCUAGACCAAUGAGGUUUCGCCGUCGCCUGGUCACUUUCUUAUUCCUCACGAGCACUCUAUGGAUCGUCAUACUCAUCACACUCCUGUACAGCGUGCCCGUGAGGAAGGGUUCGAGUCCCCGCGUGGGCGUUAUGGACAGGGAGCCAGAGAAUAGAAUCAUACAGCGCUUGUUGAAGGGAGGGGAUGUGAAUGAGACAUACGAGAGAGUCUCCGGGAGUAACUCUACGAGAAUGACGUCACAGACUUCCGGGCCAGGUCACGAGAGGGCACAGGAAUUACGUGACGUCAGUACCAGACUGGCCUGGCCUCCGAUGGCGGGACCUGGUGAUCCAGAUGUCAGCGGCACAGAGACAGGUGUAUGAGCGAGACCUUACGACUUACCAAGUCAACAAAAUGGCGGCGGACCUUGUACCUUUGAGACGUCGACUCAACUUCGUGCUCCCACCUGACCUAUGACCUGCCGAGUCUGCCCCGGGCCGGUGUGGUCAUCAUCUUCAACAACGAGCUGUGGUCAGUUCUGAUGCGGACGGUGUUCAGUAUCUUGGACGCCGGGCCCAGCGAGCUCAUCUCGGAGAUUGUUCUCGUAGACGACGCCUCCGACCAACAACAUCUUCAACAACCGCUCGAUGACUAUCUGGUUAUCUUUGAAGGAAAAGUCAAGCUAGUGCGCAUGUCCAAUAGGUCGGGGCUCAUCAAGGCACGGUUGGCUGGUUUUGAUCACGUGACUGGUGACGUCGCUGUAUUUCUGGAUGCUCACUGUGAGGUCAAUGCUGGUCAGUGGGGCGUUGAUGAUAAUAAAAGAUCAUUGAAACCUGAGAACAAGACAGGCUGUGCCUGGGUUCAAAAUGGCAAAAAUAAAGUUCUUGGUAUCUUUAAACAGAGAAGACUUCCAGGCAUCAAGUGACAGUGCACAUGA